AUGAGUGAAAAAUUUCAGGAGAGUGCCGUUGAUUUGAAGGGUGCUGCAGAAGAAGAUUGCGCUAUUUUCGAUAGAAACAAUGGUAUUUUUAAUUCUACCGAAAAGGAUGAAUCUUCAGAAUUGAGUGCCCAUGAAAUUGUUAAGGGGAACCAUUUGGUAGAUGUUGUUAAUAGCGCAGAUAUAGAUUUACAUGGAUAUAAAAUUAUUGAUGAAAAUUCAACAAAUAAGAAUAUCAUAGAAGAAUCUGGUAAUAAUUCAACCCACCCUUUUGAUCCAGAACACCCAGAAGAUAUAGGAAACUCCCAGAACAGAGAACCACCAGAAGAGCCAGCGGAAGAUCAUUAUGAAAUUGAAAUGGAGGACGACUGCGAAUUUGAUAAAAUGAUUACGGAUAGAAGCUAUCUUCCUGAUUCUAUAGAAGAAGAAAAUAAUGAAGAUGAUUCCAAGUGGGACGACACUGAGAAAACCCUAGAAGAAGAUGCGACUGAGAAUGAGCGGUCUAAGAAAAACAAAAGCUUUUCAUCCUUAUUUACUACGUCCGGAAAAUCUGCAAUUUCAGAAGUGGGUUUGGUGCCUGACUUGUCUAAAUGCAAAAAAGGCCAAAGCUUCAUGCUUUACCCAGCAAAAUCUAAAGAACGGGGAAAGUUGAUAGACGCUAUCAGAAAAAAAGGUGAUGCGGUAUAUAAUAGCGAUGCCGAUUAUAAUAAAGGCAAUUUAAUAACAGUUAGGAGGGUUCAACUAGGCCAAACCAAGACGGCAGCAGAUUUUGAAAACUGUCCUGAGUGUGACGGUUCUUAUGCAAAGAGCAACAUCCGCCACCACUACCCAAAGUGCACAGGAAGACCUCCAACAAGUUCCAGGACGCUUCUACAAGAAGCCCGACGAAAAGUGCAGCGAUUUCAUCAGGAUGCAUAUUCAAAAAUGCGGAGCCGUAUCCUAACCAUACUGAAUGCCGGUGAAAUUUCUGCUGUCAUCAGAUAUGACCGUUUAAUCAUUUUACACGGGAAUCUGAUGAGUGUGCGACACAAAGAGCAUCACCAGGACGUUCUUAUAAGUGCCACUCUACGUCUGGGGGCACGCUUUCUCGUAACGUUGAGAAGCGUAGAAAAAAAUGUGGUUGAUCUCGCAUCGGCAUUCAAUCCCACAUUAUUUGAAAAAGUAAUGAUGGCCAUCAACAUAGUCGGUGAAUUCAAUGAAGAAAAGCAGACAUACAACAAACCCUCCAAUGCUUCGAACCUCGGAACUGUACUGCGAAAAUGCGGGGAAAUUUUAAUAAUGGAGUAUAUUAUUUCACAAGAAAAAACAAAAAAAGAAUGUGUAGAAGACUUCUUGAUCGUUUUUAAAGGGAAAUUUGGAGUGUAUGUUAACAAGAAUGUCGCAGAAACAUUUAAAAACAGAAAGAAGGAAAAAAGAGUAGAGCUUCCAUCAGUACGAGGAAUUAAAAAAAAAUACAGUUACCAAUCAUCGGUGCGUGUCUCCGAACUUGUAUUACUCCAGCUUCUUGUGUUUAAGAGGCGUAGAAGUAGAGAAAUAUAA